GCCGGUAGGUGUGGUAUAAUUGGAAAACUACUCUACCUUCUAUCGUCGACGUCGACAACCAAUGUAGGCUACCAUCGUCGAGAUGGAUAUUCUCUCCGUACUUCAGGCGAACUUUCUCUCUCUGAUUUUGGGUGUUAUUGUUUUUGUGUUGUUCUGGAAGAAUCGAGGUAAACAGAGUAACUUUGAGAGAUUACCACCAGGCCCCCCUCCUGCACCAAUUGUUGGCAAUUUAUUCCAAAUAGAUUUAAAGGAACCAUAUCUCUAUUAUCGGGAGCUUUGUAAGAAGUAUGGGCCUGUGUGUACUAUCUGGCAGGCCAACAAACCAGUGGUGAUCUUGUCAGGUUAUCAGACCAUCAAAGAUGCCCUCGUCCUCCAGGGAGAGGAGUUCAAUGGGAGAGCUCAGUACCCCCUCCUGGUGAGGUCAACCAAUGGACAUGGUGUGAUGGUGAGCAGUGGUCAUCGCUGGCGAGAGCUCCGUCGGUUCUCCAUCAUGACGCUGAAGAACUUUGGGAUGGGGCGGAGGAGCGUAGAGGAGAGGGUGCAGGAGGAGGCCAGGAGUCUGGUGAAGGCCUUUGAUGAGUAUGAAGGUGCAGUUUUCAACCCCAAAGAGCUGCUGUGUAAUGCGGUGUCGAAUGUCAUCUGCUCCAUUGUGUUUGGCCACCGGUUCGAGUACAAAGAUCCUCAGUUCCUGCUGCUCUAUGACACAGUCAACUCCUACUUUGACGUGCUCAGCAGUCCUUUGGGCUCGCUCUACAACAUCUUUCCUAAAAUUGUUGAGUGGAUUCCUGGAAAGCACAAGGAUAUGUUUGCAUUGCUGCAGAAGUCACAUGAUUAUGUGAAGAACCAGGCCGAGAUACGACUGAAGCACUUGGAUGCCAACUCCACCCCACGUGACUACAUUGAGGCCUUCAUGAUUAAAACGAUCCAGGAGAAGGACAUGCCGAAUAGUGAGUUCCAUUAUGACAACCUGCUGGGCAGUGUGUGGAACCUGUUUUCAGCUGGAACUGAGACGACCUCCUCCACCCUGAGACAAAUGAUACUGAUGAUGAUCAAGCACCCACACAUUCAAGCACGUGUCCAAAAAGAGAUCGAUGAGGUGGUUGGACAGGACAGAAGUCCAUCCAUGGACGACAGGUCUAAGAUGGCGUACACGGACGCCGUUAUUCAUGAGGUCCAGCGCAACAUGGACCUGGCCCCGACCUCUGUGCCUCACAAGGUCACUGUCGACACCGAGUUCAAGAACUACCACAUCCCCAAGGAUACUAUGGUUCUCCCUCUGCUUUCCUCGGUUCUCUCUGACCCCAAACUGUGGAAGAACCCAGGACACUUUGACCCCGAAAACUUCCUGGAUGAGGAGGGGCGAUUUAAGAAGAAUGAUGCCUUCUUGGCUUUUGGAUUAGGGAAGCGUAACUGCCUGGGUGAGGGUCUGGCGCGGAUGGAGCUCUUCCUCUUCACAUCCUCUCUUCUCCAGCGCUUCACCUUCGUGGGCACCAAGCCCCCAGAGGAGAUCGACACCACCCCCAAGUGCUGUAGUUUUGGCCGGCUGCCUUGCGUCUACGACUGCUACGCCAAACUCAGGGUGUAGAUGAGAAACGCCCUGCACUGUGCAAACAGCCAGACUGCAGGUCAUGUUUAGGCUGUUUCAAAACAGUGUGAGAAUAUCAAAGAAUUAAACAUAUUGGAAUGAUUCUAUUUUAGUUUAGAUAGAGAAGAAAAAAAAGUGCCUUUCAAUGUAGAAAUGUACUGACUUUGUAUGUCAGUAAAUGCUUGUUUUUUUUCCUUAGAUUUGUAUUAUCUUCAUCUUAUCAUUAAAAAUUGUUUGUAUUGGUGAACAAAUAUUGCUUUUGUGUUAAAUAAAAUAUGUACAAUAAAAAAUACUAAAA